AUGGCAGCUCUGGGUUCGGAGCACUCUGUCGCUAUUAGUGAUGGUGGAGAGGCCUUUAGUUGGGGACUGGGAGUGUCUGGUAGACUUGGUCAUGGCCAUGAGUCAAGCAUCCUAGGAUUCUUCAAGUGUUGCAGUGAGUAUACCCCAAGGCUUAUAAAGGAUCUUGAAGGAAUCAAGGUAAAAUACGUAGCUGCUGGGUUGUUAAAUUCUGCUUGUACCGAUGAAAAUGGCUCUGUUUUAGUAUUUGGUGAAAGAGGAAUUGAAAAAUUGCAUUUAAAGGAGAUGAGUGAUACAACAAAACCAUCCUUGAUCAGUGAACUUCCAUACUCAAAAGAAGUUGCUUGUGGUGGCUACCACACCUGUGUCCUGACAAAUUCUGGUGAGCUUUAUACUUGGGGUUCAAACGAAAAUGGGUGCCUUGGAAUUGGUUCCUCAGAUGUCAUUCAUCUACCUGAAAAGGUUCAAGGGCCAUUCUUGAAGUCCUCUGUAAGCCAGGUUUCUUGUGGUUGGAAGCAUACUGCAGCCAUUUCUGGUAAAUUCUUCCCUUCAACAGAAAAGAAUUGCGAUUAA